AUGUCUUACCCAGCCGAAAGCGGCCUCGAAGCUUUUGGCAGCCGUAACUCAAUGGAGGAGGCGCACGCCUAUCUGGACAAGCAGCAUCCCAACUCCUAUGCAGUAUACAACCUCAGUACUCGCGUCUACCGCAGUGAGCACUGGUUCGACGGUCGCGUCUCAUAUCGACCCUUUGAAGCAAAUCGGGCGCCCACCCUCUAUUCCCUGCUCGAGCUCUGUCAGAAUGCGCGUCUUUGGUUGUCCCAGAAGCCCACCAAUGUCUGCAUCAUUCAUUGCACUGACGGACGCCAGCUUUCGGCCAUCCUCGUCUGUAGCUUGCUAUGCUUCUGCAACGUCUUUGGCAGUGCUCAGCAGGCUAUCGAUUUUUUCGUCUCUAAGCGCGGUCCCGUCACUCUGACUGCGGCUCAAACUCGAGUAAUGGCAAUCAUCGUUGUGUUUACUGGACGGACCAUUGAUGUCAUAUUUGUUCCAGCUGUUGAGCUGGGUCUCCAAACGCUACAGCGCAUGCCAAAGGCCAUCAUCAUGGUUCCAACAAGCCUGGACUUGCAGCUUCUCUUCAAAUUGUAGUACAUUGAUUACGUUGCGAGUGUGGUCGCCAGCCCUCCCCGAUUACCUCACAACCACCCUCUCCUCCUCUUCAGUAUCACCCUCUCGCCAGUCCCCACCUUUAAUCGACUCAAGUAA